UCCAAAAGCGGAGCACACAUAACUCAAGUCUCACUCUUUCUCUCGCGGAAUGUUCUGGUUAGCUCAGGUGGAAGACACUGUGAAAAUCGAGCCAAGGAAUUUUGGCAAGUCGGAUAAUGACGCCAUUACUGAAGUGCUUAAUACCAAAUUCGCAAACAAAAUCGUCCCCGAUGUUGGUCUCUGCAUUUGUGUGCACGACAUUCUCGAAACAGUUCCAGGCAUGAUUUUGCAUCUUGACGGCUGCAGCUACAUGAAAGCCAAGUUCCGUUUGAUUAUGUUCCGGCCAUAUGUGGGUGAAGUGCUGACCGGACGCGUCAAGAGCUGUUCUCCUGCUGGUGUUCGAGUUACCUUGGGAUUUUUCGACGAUAUCCAUAUUCCAGCACCUGCGCUUCAACCAGGGUCAGAAUUUGAUCCGGCUGAACAAGUUUGGGUAUGGAACUAUGAAGGCGAAAAGAUGUACAUGGAUAUUGAAGAACCUAUUCGAAUCCGUGUGUUGCGAGAAGUAUUUACGGACAAGACACCUACGGCCGACAUGGCUGCUACCGCUGGACGACGACAGUCUGCUGCAGAUACUUCAGCAACAUCUGAUCUUCAAGCUAAUUCUGCUAAAAUACCACCUUAUGCAUUAACUUGUACUAUUGCAGAAGACGGUCUUGGCUUGCUCUCUUGGUGGGGCAGUUAAAUACAUCAUCCGAUCCAAAUCCCACUGUUUUGUCGUUCUUUUUCCUAUCGUUCCUCACCGCAAUCACACACACAGCCACUUACACAUAUAUUCACUCGAUAACAUUAUCAUCUACUCAUAUUAUUCUUCUCCUCUGCAUUUGUCUUGGCUCUCUGUCUCUCUCUUUUUUCAAACCUUCUGAACCGACCAUUUGAAAUCAAGUAAUCCUCCAUCUCACCUGUCGCCGCCCUUAAAAUUAUUUCUGCAUAAAAACAUGCAACAUCCAUGACUGGAUAGCAUCUUUUAUAUACUUGUACAAAAGCAAAAACUUUUAUAUACAUAUUUUACACGCUCACAACAACAGUAGCAGUAUCUUCACUAAAAAAGUUAACGAUGGCG